AUGAAGUUCCUAACCACCAUCUCGGCCCUCCUCGGUCUCGCAGCCGCCUCUCCCCUGGACCCCGAACCGCCCCUCAAGCGCGCCACGCAAGCCCUACAGCAAGUCACCGGGUUUGGGACCAACCCAUCCAACACCAAGAUGUACAUCUACGUGCCAGCCACACUCGCCGCAUCGCCACCCAUUAUCGUGGCGAUUCACUACUGCACGGGCACGGCCAACGGGUACUACAGUGGCAGUCCCUACGCGCAGCUCGCAGACCAGAAGGGGUUUAUUGUGAUUUACCCCGAGUCGCCCUACAGUGGGACGUGCUGGGACGUGUCGAGCAAGAGCGCGCUGAGCCAUGAUGGCGGUGGAGAUAGCAACUCUAUUGCGAACAUGGUUACGUAUGCGUUGGAUAAGUAUCAGGGUGAUGCGACUAAGGUGUUUGUUACGGGGAGUUCGUCGGGGGCUAUGAUGACCAACGUCAUGGCGGCCACCUAUCCCGAAAUGUUCGCCGCCGGCAUUGCCUACUCGGGCGUGGCAGCCGGGUGCUUCAUGUCGGCCUCCAACGCCGUGGACGGGUGGAACAACUCGUGCGCUACCGGGCAAUCCACCGCGACAGCAGCCAAAUGGGCCUCGGUCGUCACCGACAUGUACCCUGGCUACAACGGAACCCGACCCAAGAUGCAGAUCUACCACGGCAGCGCCGACACGACGCUCGCCCCGCGCAACUACAACGAAACUAUCAAGCAGUGGGUCGGCGUCUUUGGGUAUGAUGAGAACGCACCCGUUACGACUCAGGCGAAUAGCCCACAGAAUGGGUAUACCACGUAUACGUAUGGAGAUCAUUUGGUAGGGAUUUAUGCCCAGGGCGUCGGGCAUACGGUGCCGAUUCGGGGGGCGGAUGAUAUGAAGUUCUUUGGAUUGUAGGGGGUUUGUUGGCUUGGAGGAAUACUGAAGGGGAGAAGAUAAGAAUAUCUUUGAG